AUGGCCAAUGGUCCCGGCUCUGGGGGGCCCCGGAGAAGGCAGCCUCAGUACAUGCCGCAAUACCACCAGCACAUGGCGCCGAUAUAUCCCAACUACAUGUCUUAUGCGCCGCAGCAGCAGUAUUAUGGCCUGCCGCCGAUGAAUAUGCCUUCGCCGGCAUACGUGCCCUACCAGACCUAUGGAAGAUCGCCAGCCAUGCAUCAAUACGCUCCCAUGGUGGGCGUCAGCGUCCCUCCGAACUAUCCUCGCGCAGCCCAGCAGUCACCGAAUCUCGCGACGCCCUAUCAACCUCCUCCAGCACCUGCUUCGAUGCCGCCGCAUACUCCGUCGUCGACCCAUUCAUCGCAGAUGGCCACUCCCCAGACGCCUCCCACCCCAAAAACUGCUGAAGGCGCUCCUUCGCAAUGGCAACCUCGACCGCAGCCUACAGAACUUCCUCAGCCAGCGAAGCCUGCGGAGCCUGUCGUCGUGCCGGAGCCUGUCGUGCCGGAGCCUGAGCCCGUCGUCGUGCCAGAGCCCUUCGUCGUGCCAGAGCCCGUCGUCGUGCCGGAGCCUGAGCCUGUCGUCGUGCCGGAGCCUGUCGUCGUGCCAGAGCAGCCUGUCGUCGCUCCAGAGCCUGUCGUUCUGCCAGAGCCACAGCCUUUCCGACCCCCGCUUCCAUGGUUAUCCAGGCCUGAUCUUCCGUUCCCUCGACGUUCUCGUCGCUCGCGAACAAAGAAGAAGCUACUCCCCUCUACUGAAUAUGCGGCUUCACCUCCCGCCGAACACCUUGAAGCUGUUGUCGAAUCAACUCCUGCUACAGCGCCUAACACGGUAUCUUCAGAGGCUGAGCCAUCUGCGUACGAUGCGAUGGAGUCUUGCUCUAAGCCUGCCGUGGCGGCCCAUGCCGAUUCGCCUGCAGAGUCGACUCUUCGCCAAUCCCCAACCGCACCUCAUGAUGCGAUUCCCUCUCUGUCCAAGGAAGUGACUGAGAUGUCUCACGGCAAAAUCACGAACGGACACGCCGUCAAUGGGACCGCACAUGGGGAGGGGCCCUCUCAGGAUACCCCAAGUGUCACUGUCGUGGAGGAUGGCGCGACUGGCGAACAAACUACUGCACCAGCGCCUCCAGUCAAAGCUGCACCAACCAGCUGGGCAAACCUCUUUUCCAAGCCAGCUGCCCAGAAUGCGACAGCCAUGGACGGCGUUAAGCCUGGGUCUUCAGUCAAUGGCGACGCGGUCGAGGGCUUGCCAGCUGUCCCCGGAUCCAAUUUCUCCCAGGCAAACAGGAGCUAUUUAGGGGAAGCCAUCCGAUCUUUCAGCGUUGACCGCACUGAAAAAGCUACAUUAAUUGAGCCUCGCGGCCUCGUCAACACGGGCAACAUGUGCUACAUGAACUCUGUGUUGCAAGUCCUCAUAUUUUGCGCUCCCUUCUACGAUUUUCUCGACCAAGUGAGCAAGAGAGCUGCUCACAGCUUCAAGAGUGAAACGCCUCUGAUAGAUGCAAUGAUCAUGUUUUUGCAGGAGUUCAAGGUAGUUGCAUCUGCGUCGUCUUCUGAGCAGCUUCGCAACACUUUGAAGCCUCCAGUUUUUGAGCUUUAUGGCGAACCCUUCACGCCAGAUUUCGUUUACGAAGCCAUACGGCAGCUUCCACGCUUCGCUAGCAUGAGACGUGGUCACCAGCAAGAUGCCGAGGAAUUUCUUGGCUUCCUUCUACAGUCUCUGGAUGAUGAAUGCACCCUUGUGAUGAACAAGUCCCUUCCCGGUGAAGCCAAGACAGCUCCAGACGAAGGCUCCGCCAACCAUGAAGCUGUCACGUCUUCGGGAGACUGGCUUGAGGUUGGCCGCAAGCAGAAGGCCGCAGUCAGUCGAUCAUCGGGAUCAAACACAUCUUCGCCCAUAACAAAGAUCUUUGGUGGACUCUUACGAUCCGAGUUCCGGGUCCCCGGGCUCAAGGAUUCUAUUACCACGGAGCCUUACCAACCACUACAACUGGAUAUUGGCUCAGCCGAUGUGCGGAACGUUGUAGAUGCACUCAGAGGGCUUACUAGACCCGAGCGUCUUCAGGGGGACUUCAAUUCACCUCGGGGCAAGGAUGUCAUCGCCACCAAACAGGUCUUUAUCGAGUCUUUGCCACCAGUUCUUAUUCUGCACCUAAAGCGCUUCCAGUUCGAUGCCACAGCCAAUGGCACCAUCAAGAUUUGGAAGAGCAUCGGAUACCCCCUGGAGCUCGAAAUUCCGCGUGAGGCUCUCUCCAGGCAGCGCCGGCAAAACAUUGGUGACGGCCCGAUGCCCCGUUAUAAAUUGAUUAGUGUUGUAUAUCAUCAUGGAAAGAACGCCAGCGGAGGCCACUACACCGUUGAUGUGCGUCGACAAGACGACCAGGAGUGGAUUCGCCUGGACGACACCUUACUGCGACGAAUCCGCAGCGAAGAGGCUGCCGGAAGUGGAGCCGAAGGAGAAGCCAAGGACACCCGCAAGGAGCAGUCGGUAUCCGCGAGCUCCUCUGCCAAUCGCUUUGGCGCAAUACUCGACGAAGACUCUGGGGACGAGGAUGGCUGGAAACAGGUCACAACUUCGGCCAGCGGAAACAAGAGAUGGAGCAGCAUAGUUAACGGCAGCAGCGGAGCCUCAAAGGACAGACAGACCAAAGACAAUAUCAAGGACAACAAGGUGGCUUACUUGUUGUUCUAUCAACGCAUGUAA